GGUUCAUGCACCUUCCUAAUCGCAAUCCCAAAUUACAGCCGGUUUUCCAUUUCACGAAUUAAUAAAUAAAUACAGUAAUACACCCUCACUCACGGAUAAUUUACUAAAAUUUAGCUUCCCCUUAAAUUCACAUGAUUCUUGUUUCAUCCUUCUCGCAACUUCGUAUGAUACUUGUCUCCCUCAUGUUUGAAUGCAUUUCCUUACUUUGGAUGUUCUACACCAACGACAGUAGAAGUAUAUUAGCAGUUGUGUAUUGAGGAGUAUAAGGGAACGUUGCAAGUCAUCCAUGGGAUUCGAACUUGGGCAACUCCAAAGUGAUCAUCACUAGGCCACCCCAAGAUUUAAAUGUUUCACUUGUUACCAAUUUAUGCAACUGACACGAAAUAUGUUUUUUUGUAUAGAUCUACAGGGCCAUCUAUUGUAAGGAAGGUGUCAUUUUAUGGAUCUGACACGUUUGGAGCCCCUUAAAGAUUGCAAAUAUUUCUUUUCUUGUGAUUCCAAUUUCCUUCAUAUCCUCAUCAACAAGAACAUUGUUAGUUGUUUCGACUUUCGAUAAAUGCAAAAAGUAGCAACGUGCUUCCAUUUCUCGAGGUUGGAUUGAACUUGAACGCCGGAAAUCGAGAGCUUGUGUUGUGGCAGCUCUCAAGAUAUUUUAGCAUGAAGCCAGUAGCAGCGGUUGAUGUUGAUGUUGAUGUCGAAGAGCACGGGAGUUAUAGGAAAGAUAUUGAGCAUGAUUUAUGGCCUCUUGGGGAAAUCAACCCAACAAAAGGAAGUUUUCCAUGUUGUUUGGUGUGGACCCCACUUCCAAUUGUCUCGUGGUUGGCUCCUUUCAUUGGACAUGUUGGGUUAUGCAUGGAGGAUGGAGCUGUGGUGGAGUUUUCGGGUUCCAACCUUGUGACUGUUGAUGAUUUUGCUUAUGGUGGUGUCGCUCGUUACAUUCAACUUGACCGCAACCAGUGCUGCUUCCCAUCAAGCCUUGCGAAGCACACAUGCAAGUACCGUUACAAGCAUUCAGAAAACGGAACGGCUAUAAGUUGGGAUGAUGCGAUCCGGUCAAGUAGGCGGCAGUUUGAGCACAAAUCAUACAACCUCUUCACAUGUAAUUCCCACUCUUUUGUUGCCAACAUUCUCAACCGAAUUUGUUAUGGGGGAUCAAUGAGUUGGAACAUGAUGAACGUGGCUGCUCUUGUCCUUUUCAACUUCAAGGGCCACUGGGUGGAUGCUUUGGCCAUCGUUAAAUCAUUUCUACCCUUUACUCUCAUGGCUUGUUUCGGUAUUGCCAUUGUCGGCUGGCCAUUUUUAAUUGGUCUUCUCUCCUUUUCUCUUCUCCUCAUUGCUUGGUUUUCUCUAGCUACAUUUUGUCUCAAAAAUCUUAUGGAAUGCUAAUGCUAAUGCUAAUCUUAUUAUUUCUUUUCCAAAA